AAAGACUUCCGAGGCAUGCUGAAGAAACUCAGCGAAAUGAAGAAAGAGAGAGAGGAGGAGAUUGCAGAGUUUGUGUCACACAUCACCAAACUGAAACCUAUUGAGGUCAGCUGCGACGACUGUGCAACAAUUGAGUUGGACAUGGACCUCAAGGAUCCUAUGAGCAAAAUUUUCCUGUACAAGGAUGGCGUCAUGGUUCCUUUCAGUAAAGAAGAGGGCGAGACGUUGAAGCAUAGUUUGAAACAAAUUGGCAAGAAAUACGUAUUCACGAUUAAAAAACUAGGUGCAGAGGAUGCUGGACUCUACUCAGUGGAUGUUGAGGGCGUCAAUGUAUUUUCCACAGACUUUAAAGUACCCGAAGUUGACUUUGCUGUCAAGAUACAUGAGGUCAAGGCAACAGAACGAGAGGACGCGCUCUUUCAAUGUGUACUGACUGCACCCAUGAAUGAGGUCAAAUGGUUUGGCAAAAACGCAGCACUGUCAAAUGAUGAAAAACAUGAAAUCAUUGUAUCUGAAGAUAGGCUCAUUCACAAGCUGAUUGUGCGGGACUGUAUGCCUUUGGAUGCUGGUAUCUAUGCUGCUGUGGCAGGAAUCAAAUCAUGCAAUGCCUGGCUUGUGGUUGAAGACCCAGGAGUUCACUUUCAUGCUGGGCUUUCUGACUGCAAAGCCAUUGUUGGAGAAGCAGCAGAGAUGGAGUGCAAAGUGAGCAGUGAAGACUGUCAGGGAAUCUGGUACAAAGAUGGAGAGGAGAUUACAUCAUCUGAGGGUAUAACCAUUACAAAAGAAGGAACUUUCCACAGGCUGAAAAUUCACAAAGUGACAGAGGAAUUUGCUGGAAAAUAUAAAUUUGAAGCGGAUGGACGGAAAACAGAGGCCCUGAUUGUUGUUGAAGAUCCACCCAGAUUUGAUACUAAGGAACUGGAGGCAUUUAAAAUUCCUGUAACAGUGAAAAAAGGACAGAAAGCUACCUUCAAACUACCCUAUAUUGGAGGGGAACCUAUAAAAGUUCAGUGGUACCUUGACGGUGAAGAGCUUUCGAAUGAAUCAAAUAUCAAGCUUGAGCACGCAGAUGGGUAUAGUCGUCUGCUUCUGACCAAGCUGCAACGCAAAGACAGCGGUGAAAUCAAAAUGAAACUCAAAAAUGAGUUUGGCACUAUUGAGGCCUUCAGCCAGCUCGUUGUACUGGCAUACCCUGGACCUCCAUCAGCACCAAAGAUUGUGAGUGCCUUCAAGGACUGCAUCAAGCUCUCCUGGGCCCCUCCUUCCAACACUGGCGGAACAAAUAUUCUGGGAUACAACCUUGAGAAACGCAAGAAAGGCAGCAACCUGUGGGGCCAAGUCAACCCACAUGAUGAGAUGAUCAAAGGGAAGGGAUAUGCUGCUAAAGACGUGGUUGAAGGCAUAGAGUAUGAAUUCCGUGUGUCAGCAAUCAAUAAUUCUGGAGCCGGUGAAUUCAGUGCACCGUCUGAGUUUGUGUUUGCCAGAGACCCUAAAAAGCCUCCUGGUAAAGUCAUUGACUUUAAAGUGACAGAUUCCACCUACACAACCCUGUCCCUGUCUUGGACCAAACCCAAGGACAUUGAGGGGGUUGAGGAUGAGGCAAAAGGAUAUUUUGUGGAGAUCAGGCCUGCAGAAAACACAGAAUGGGAUCGCUGCAACACAAAUGCAAUAACCAUGAAUACCUUUACAGUGAAAGGCAUGAAGUCAUUGGCCAUGUACUGGGUGAGAGUAAUUGCUACUAAUGAUGGAGGAGAGGGAGAGCCGCAGGAGCUGGAUAAUUACAUCCUCGCUAUGCCUCCUCCUGUGAGGCCACGGUUCACAGAUGCAAAAAUCAAGAGUUUCAUGGUGGUGAGAGCAGGAAAUUCUGCCCGAUUCAACAUUAACUUUGAGGCCUCCCCUUGGCCUGAGGUCAUCUGGCUGAAAGAUGGAGCACCAGUGUCCAAAAAAGUGACCGUCAGCAAUGCAGAGGGCACAUCCCAGCUUCUGAUUCCCUCCUCUGAGCGCACAGAUACUGGAAUCUACACAAUCAUUGUUAAGAACAUUGUUGGCCAAGAAACAUUCAGCAUUGAAAUUAGAGUCACAGAUGAACCUAAGCCACCAGGUCCUGUGGAGCUUGAUGAAAACGUGCCUGGUACAGUGACUGUUUCAUGGUCCGCAUCUCCAGACGAGAAACGUGACGACAGGCUGCACUACAUGGUGACUAAGCGUGAUUCAAGCAAAAGAACAUGGCACACUAUUGCAGAUCUCAUCUUCAACAAUAGAUUCACAGCCUGCAACAUAAUGCCGGGCCGAGAAUAUCAGUUCAGAGUCUAUGCAAAGAAUGACAUGGGCUCUUCCAAACCCUCUGAAUCACCAAAGUGGCUCAUUUCUGCCAAAAAAGAAAAGUUCACUGUGAACAUGCCAAAGUCGAAGACCUGUAAUCUGCAGUGUCCUCCGAGGUUCAUUGUGCCACUAAAAUUGCACACUGCUCCUCAAGGGUAUGAAUGCUACAUGAGCUGUGCUAUAAGAGGAGAUCCAACACCUCAUGUGACAUGGCUCCGCAACAAUAUUAGUCUGAAUACCAACACUAACUACUACAUCUCCAACACCUGUGGAGUGUGUUCUCUGCUCAUAUUGAGGGUUGGACCUAAGGACACCGGGGAGUACAAGGUUGUUGCAGAAAACCCUAUGGGGCGGGCAGAGUGCUCCACUAAACUGACAGUCAGAGAAUAAAUACGCAACACUCGCUGAAGAUGAUAGAAUUGCUCUAAAACCGUAACAGGAGAGAAAAGUUUUGGU